AGGAACCUCUUCAGCAGAUAUCAUCCUCUACAUCAGAACACAAGUGAAGAUGAAGCUGACACGAGUGGCUCUCGCUGCCGCGGUGGUCGUGGCGUGCGUCUGCCUGCUCCAGACCGAGGCCGUUCCCUUCACACAGCAGACUGAAGAAACUGAAACGCCACAGGAGAACGAGCAUCUCACGGAAACUAAUCCAAAUCUCCAGUCCCUGUUCAGGGUGAAGCGUCAGAGUCAUCUGUCUCUGUGCAGAUACUGCUGCAACUGCUGCCGUAACAAAGGCUGCGGAUACUGCUGCAAAUUCUGAUCCUGCGGCCGUUUCCCCAAGUCCUGUGUGCUCAGGGAAAGAGUUGCUUUGAAACAUUAACUUAUUUGGACUUCUGUCUUCAAAAACCCAGCUGAAAUGAUUUCCCUGCGGCGCCAUGUUGUUUGAAACGGGUAUAAAUGCAGGCUUCGUGGCGGCGCGCACACCGCUUUGUUGAAGUUGCAGCUACUGAAAUUGAACUAGCAAUAUGAGAACUCACCUACUUUUAUGAUUUUCUAUGUUUUAUACAUGUAUAUAUUGUUAUUCCUGUGUGCGAUGAUUGUUCGGUAAAUAUGAAGCUUUUGGAUGUUUGUAAUAAAAUGAUUUUACGUUUGA